AUGUUGGAAUUGUCGUCCGUUGUCGCGAUAGCAGUAGUCUGUGCGGCUAUCUGCAUCGUGGGGGGAGUAAGUGGCACUCUGGCAUGGCUUAGGGUACGCCAGAGACGGCGCCGGUUCUCUGGGAAGCAAUUACUUGGGAUGCAGACCUUCCCCGCAGAGACAUUGACCGACCUGUCUCGGGAAGAAGGCUCCAUGCUCCGGCAGUACGGGCAACUUCCAUACGGGCGACCAAACGAGUGGGGUGUGCUGGAAUCACACGAAAGCUUAGCUCAUUCACAGGACGACUCGGAUACCCUAUCUCCGCAGACGGAGAAGGGCCGUUCAUUGUGCCGCUCCCUGUCCGGCUGCCAUCGACAAUCGAGACUGCUGAGGCCAUACCGGAUAAACUCUUUGACACCUUUGACCGAGAAUAUCGAUGGGCCACCUGCCUCUCGGAGGCCCUCCUCGCCAAGGGAUGACGUUUCGAUCUCUGCAGUUGAUGGAGCUCUUGAAUUGCCGACAGAAACUUCACCCAGAAAUACACCAGACAGGGAACAGGAGAAGCACGAUGCUGAUCUAAGUAUACGGCCAAUUUCAGGACCAGGACCAUCACUAUACCAGAGGGAUCAUUCGAGUGGCCUCUUCCCUGUCUUGGAGGACAGAUACCAAUCAUUCGACUUGUCUUGCUCGCGGCCACGAACGGCAAGCAUUAUCGCUCAAAGGCCGGGUGUUGCUCCAGAUCAACCAGUGCCGCCGCCGCCAUGUGCCUACCCGCCGAACCGGUUUCGACUCUCCAAGAAUGACUCUUUGCGGUUUUCGUCGCUGAGUCUUGAAACCGCUGAUAGCUCUAUUAUGAAUGAGAGCAGAAGGCUUCAGCUGGCAUGGAUAGUGAGUGUUGCUUUCUACUCCAGAUCACCAGCCCCAUUUGUCUUCCCAGCAGGCUCAUUGCCGGGUGAGGCGGAGAGACUCGAACCGGAUCGUACUUCUCCCCGCCGAAGUUUAACAGCGCGCAGUCCAAUUCACUCCAUGGAACGAAUUAGCGCGCCCCCGAGAAGAAGCGAAUCCCUCAACGUACGCCCGCCUAGAAGAGAAUCUCUUCCGCAAACUGACCAGGAGCGCAUGGCGGGUUGUAAUCCAGCCUUGCUGCCACAUUUCAGUCAACUGCAACGACACUCUGUGUAUGGAAGCCAGCGGCGGGAAAAUGACCCAUUCUAUGGAGGCAUGUCUGCGGGCUUCAGUCGCUCAAGUGCUCAAGGGUGGACCAACAUUUCACCUAUCCAAGAGUCGCACUUGCCAUCUUCUAAUGGUUAUCUCAAACCCCCGUUAGCCUCCGCUAUGAGAAGCGGCAACCGUCCCCGAAAAGGCCAUCGACGACAGAACUGUGUCCGGAUAUCAAUCCAGCCACCUAUUACUUUUGGAGGAGCUACGUUUGCUCCAAUGGUUGAGGAGCCGGAGGAGUUAGACGAGCUUGACAUGCACGCAUCACAGAUGUCUGAUCUAUCGGCUUCCAAUAUUUCGUCUUUGCGCUCAAGUGUCUCCGGUUUCUCGAUGAGCCGGAUCGGCUCUGACCCACAAGGAGACGUAACACGCAUCACAGAGAUCUCUGACAGUCGUCCACCUUCGUACCGAAACUCAACCUACUUGGCUUCGUCUAAGAAGCGGAAGCAUAGUCGAGAUGAUUCUAUAGAUAGUGUGCUGAGUACGCUGAACACUGGCAUGGACAAAACCCUUCCUGAGAUCAUCACUACACUGCCCCCUAGUUUCGGAGAUAGCCUGAUCGAUACCCCUUCGCCUGACAGGCCUAUUCCAGUUUGGAUGGCUCCUAAGUACAGCGGCUCGCCAACGGCGUACGAAAAUGCCCCGAGUCCAGGCAGUCCUCGCCGGUCCGCCGUCAAAGGACCACGCAGCCAGCCAGCCAGACCACGUUUAAAUAGCGCCAGGUCACAUCUACUAGAAAACGGUGCCAACGCCACCAGCCCACCGAUCCGCCCUCGCAGUCAGAGCGUGAAGCAUGGAUCAAACCGCAAGUCAGUCGACUCUGUGCAGCGCGCCAAAAGCAUAACCACAAGCUCACCGCGGCCCUACAGCCAACAUAUGAAUGAGCAGGAAAAGCCGGCUCUGGACAGCUCGUUCCCUACACAACAGCAAAAUUACACCCAGCCGUCAGAGCGUCCAUCUUCCCGCAGUUCCAGCAGGGCUGGGAACCGCAUCGUCCCGAUAUGGGAGGACCACGGUCGCACCCCGAGCCGUCGUCCCACCAAAAAGUCUACAAUAUCCAUCAUCUCCGAAGAGUCCGGGCCUGCAGAGCUGCACGGUGAGUCGUCACCUCGGAAGCCAGAACGUCUCAAGAGUGCACGACCGGAAUUCUCGACGCCCGUUAAGAGGGCGGUGGGGUUGGGCAUCGGCGCUGCGACGCCAGGCAGUCUCUAUGAUGGGGACGGGUUUUUGAAAGAAUAA